CCUCCCGUGGGGCGUGGGGGGAGGUGGCUAAAGAUGAGCGCGAGGCUGCUGAACACGCAGAGAUUUUUAUUUUUCUGGGACUCUGCUGGGGGAAGCGGGAGGAGAGGGAAGAUGCUCUUUUGCGCCCCGCCCUCCGGGGGACCGGGCCAGCUCUGCACGGCUCCGAGGCAGUGACUCGCUGACUCGCUGCCUUCCUUCCUUGGCCGCCUCUGCUUCUCGGCCAGCCUCGCUCCACGGAGGCAUCCGGAACCCGGAAAGCAGUGAGCCCGAGCCUGGGCCGCCCUCUCCCUUCCUUUCUCUCCCCACACCCCACUCCCUUCCUUUCCUUUUUUUUUUUUUUCCUUUCCUUCCAAACCUUUUCAUUUUUUUCCCACCAGAAACCGCAGCGUCCGACACUCAGGGGCCGGACCCCCCCGCCCCCAGAACCUCGGAAGCCUUGGUCCCCCCGCGCCAGGGUAUCUGGGGCACAGAGGGAGCCACGAGGCCAGGCCGGCUGGCUCCUCACCUUGGGAGAACCGGCCAACUUCUCCUGAGGCUCGGGCGGGACGCGUGGCCCGAGUUCAUAAAGGCCUGCGCUGCCCCGCGUUUGUCCCCCGCUCGCUGGGGACUCGGGUGGUGGCGACAACACCGACCGCUCCGGGCUUAUUUAUUUUCCCUUCCACUCCAUCCCUUCCUCCCCCGAACCUCGCCUGCAAGCUGCCUCCAGCCCGCGGGGGUCGACAGCGGCCCUGGAGCGCCCCAACCCCAAUCCACAGCGCUCGGCUUUCCCAUUCAUUAUUGAUCAUAUUUUAUAAAUCCAACGCCACACAAUUUUUUCCACAUUACCGGGAGCCGUGGGGAGGCGGCGCGGCCAUUGGCGCAGGGGACGUCACGUGGGCCGGGGUCACGUGGCCCGGAGAGGAAAAAGGGGGUCCUUUUUGGUGUAAAUCUGGACUCUAAUUCUGUAAUAUAUCAAGGAAUCUCGUAAAACCGACACUAAAACGUCCCUGCCUACAAAUCAUCCGGCCAAAUUAUGAGUUCAUUGUAUUAUGCGAAUGCUUUAUUUUCUAAAUAUCCAGCCGCAAGUUCGGUUUUCGCCACCACCGGAGCCUUCCCCGAACAAACUUCUUGCGCGUUCGCCUCCAACCCCGCGCGCCCCGGCUAUGGCGCGGGCGCCUCCUUCGCCGCCGCGGUGCCCGGCUUGUACCCCGGCGGGGGGGGCGCGGCGGGCGCGGCGGGCGCGGCCGGCGUCUACGCGGCCGGCUACGGGCUCGAGCCGGGUUCCUUCAACAUGCAUUGCGCGCCCUUUGAGCAGAGCCACUCCGGGGUGUGUCCGGGCGACUCCGCCAAGGAGCAGAGGGACUCGGAUCUGGCAGCCGAGAGUAACUUCCGGAUCUACCCCUGGAUGCGGAGCUCAGGGACCGACCGCAAGCGAGGCCGCCAGACCUACACGCGCUACCAGACGCUGGAGUUGGAGAAGGAAUUUCACUACAACCGCUACCUGACCCGGCGGAGGCGCAUCGAGAUCGCGCACGCGCUCUGCCUCACCGAGCGCCAGAUCAAGAUCUGGUUCCAGAACCGGCGCAUGAAGUGGAAAAAGGAAAACAAGACCUCAGGCCCAGGGGUCGCCGGCCAGGACAGGGCAGAAGCAGAGGAGGAGGAGGAAGAGUAAGGGGCAGAGAAGAGGAAGAGAGAGAAGAGGAAGGGAGAGAGGGAGCCGCCCAGUUCUGGGACCUGAACCCGGAAAGUCAUGUCAAAUAGGAAAAAAAUAAAAAUAAAAAUAAAACAAACUAUUUAAAUAAAAGCAGUUUUUAAAAAUUAUCAAGGAAAAAUUAUCAAGGAGAGAGAAAGGUGAAAUUUUGGUUUCUCAACACUGUAAAGAAAAUACUACCUAUAGGAAAGUCUGUCGGGUUUGUUUUUGUACAAUAUGGGAAGAGCAUCCUGUGCUGUCUGUAGCUUUCUAAUUCGCCUCCCCUUUUCUAUGUCGCUAUUGUAAGGUCUUUGUAAAAGUUCCCUCGCUGCUUUGUAAGCCUCCUUUGCGGCUGUCUUCCUGGACUUGGGUCUGGACUAACACCAGUGGCUCCUACCCACCCUCCUGAGCCUCCGCUUUCCCAGUAGCGGCACACAGAGGGUCUCGGGGAGUCCCGCGGACCCACUGACUGGCCCGCUAGUUCCUGUGCCCCGUGUCUAGCGCCGACCACCCUUCCUCUGUGCAUUCUGUGUGUAGCCGAAUGAUGCAAAAAUAAAACAAGAUUAAAAAUA